GCCAUACUCACUAAUAUACCAGGAACACAGAGAUGCGAGUCCUUUGGCUUUUGCUAGUUGCCGGAUCCAUGGCACAAGAAGACAUGGAAAGAAAUGUCUUCCUAUUCCCCACUCGGUCUGUCAUUAAUUAUGUGGUUCUGACCCCAAUGGUGACUGAGUCUUUAGAUAAAUUGACCGUUUGUUUGAGGAUCUAUACAAAUGACAGAAGAUAUGCCCUUUUUAACGUGGGCACAACAGAGUCAUUAAUUGAAAUGUCUGUUGUUUUCCAGUCCAUGCCAUGUUACACAGACUUGCCAUACUGUUCAAACGACAUCUUCAUGAACACUUUGAAGGUAUCUAUUCCUGCAAAGGCAGAUGUUCUGGGCUGGAAUCACAUCUGUGUGACCUGGGACUCUUAUACUGGGGUUCUACAGCUUUGGGUUAAUGGGAAAGUCUCCCCUCGCACAAUAAUGCAGGAAGCCUUUUCCGUUGAUCUUCAGAAAGGUUUUGUCCUGGGUCAGAAGCGGGAUUAUUAUUAUCAGAAGUGGGAUUCAUACGUUUCCUUUGAAGGGGAAAUAAGUGACGUCCAUAUGUGGAAUAGGGUUUUGCCUCCUGAGACCAUAAGGAAGGUUCUGCUAAAUAGAAGGAAUAUUAAUGGGAAUGUCAUUAGCUGGAGGUCUCUAAACUACACUCUUUAUGGUAAUGUCACUGUCCAACCCAAACUCCAGUGUAGAUAUUGCGGUAAGCUUGGCUUACACCAUCCUGGGCUGUCUGAACAAAAUAUCAAUAUAGAGGGCCUAGAAAGUGAAAAUUAGGGCCCUGAAAAAAUUCACUUCUUAUGGUGAAAGUUUUCUCUUUUGGCACUCCCGUUAACCACAAUGAUUCCGGCCUGUCAGAUUCCUAACCGAGAACAUGCCAAUAAGAUUACAGUCCAAAAUGAUUAAUGAGCACAUUAGCCACAGAAAUUCCAGUAAGAUCACUGCAGGCAAUUAAUAAUGAGCACUACAUUAAAAGAAAAUAAACAUGUAGAAUACCCCAGACUUCCAGUGCUUCUUGUUUUGCUCAGCCUUCUGAUUAGCUAAAAAAAAGAUGGUUGUUUGUUCCACUGUGGAAGCCAAGCAACCUUUCUUUCCUUCCAAGACUUUAAAACUGUUUUAAGAGGCAGGGAUACCCUGGCACUGGCAAAUGGGUUUGAUAAAACCAGUAGUACAAUGGCUUUCCAAUGAAUGAUUGGUUCAUGGGGAACUAUGAACUGUUUCUGGAAAGAAGGGCUAAUCUAUAGUGAUGAGCAAAUCUUUCAAAAGAUUUGGGAAACAGCAAAAAAUUUGCAAAACGACAAAAUAAACAUGUGCACGACAUUUUUUUGACGCGCGUAUGUUUAUUUGACACAGUGAAUUUUGUCGCCUGCUACGUGAAAUAAUCCACCAAUGGCAAAAUGCAGAAAUUCGCCCAUCACUAGUGAUGAGCGAAUUUUUUCGCCAGGCAUGGAUUCGCAGCAAAUUUCCGCAUUUUGCCAUUGGCGAAUUGUUGUGAAAAACUUCUGUGAAAAUUUGCCGCGGAAAAAUUUUGCGCCAAAAUGGGCGUGGCAGCGUCAAAACGAGCGUGGUCGCGUCAAAUUGGGCGUGGUCACGUCAAAAAAACGCGGGCGACAAAAAAAUUAGCCGUGGUGACAAAAAGAUAGCCACUGGCAACAAAAAAGACGCGGGUGACAAAAAAUCGCACAACAAAUGCGUUUUGCAAAUUUUUCGCCAUUUCGCAAAUUUUCUUGCCGUUUCGCGAAUUUUAUGGCGAAACGGGACAGAUUCGCUCAUCACUACUAAUCUAGUCUCAUCUUUUGCUCAUGUUAGGGAUGAAGAGAUCCCUGGUCCAUCUUGUAUGUGUGGGCGGGGAUUGCAUAAAUCAAAUAUUUCUAAUUACAGACAUCCGGUUGUUAAAAUAUAACUCCCAGCAUCCCACCAACAACUGGAAGGCUGCAUUAUGACCAUGCCUGAUGUAUGUACUUAAUAGAUCUUACAAUUCUUAUACAAUGUAAUUUGUCUUUUGAACUUCUAUCUAAGGUUUCCCUUUAAAGACCCCUUUGAUUCUGGGACCCAAUACCCCAUGCCCACCCCACCCUAUCCUUAAACUAUCUGUGAUAUCAGCAUCUACCAACCUGUAUUUUAUUCUCCCAUUGUGUGGCACAUCCCAAGGGGGUCAUAUUACCCCACACUGGCACCACAGUUUGUGUUAUCAUAAUGUGUAUUUUAUGAUUAUCUUUUGCACCAUGUAACACUAUAUUGUAUUUGCACAAUGACAUGAUAUAUGGCCAUAUUAAGGGAAUGGUACAAUAUACUCAUUUACCAAUAAACAGCAUUAAAUGAAAGCUA